UGUUUAAAACGCGACUCUAAUUGGUGAGGGUCGACACCCAAACCCCCAACACAAAACAGUAUCCGUUUCUUCGCCAUUUUCGUUCAUCAUCGGAAGGAUGGUAACAUCAGCAAUGGCGACGCCGCUUAAUAUGUCGAUUGCUUCUCCCCGUCGAAGAUUCCCAACCUCUCAGUUGUUCCAGCCCCGACCUGUAGCGUCAGCUCUUUCAAGCUCCUACGGCGAUUCUUCGUCCAUCGGGUUUUCGUGUGGACAAAACAAAUUGCCUUUAAAGCUUGAACAGGGUGAUUAUGCUAACCUGAGUAAUUCUGUUAUAGAAGCCAAAAAGGGAAAUCCGCCAGUUAUGCCAGCAGUCAUGACUCCAGGAGGACCUCUGGAUCUAUCUACAGUUUUAUUCAGAAAUCGCAUAAUCUUCAUUGGGCAGCCAAUCAAUUCCCAAGUAGCUCAGAGAGUGAUAUCUCAACUAGUGACUUUGGCCACAAUUGAUGAAGAAUCGGAUAUUUUGAUGUAUCUGAACUGCCCGGGUGGGAGUACCUACUCUGUCUUGGCAAUAUAUGACUGCAUGUCCUGGAUAAAGCCCAAGGUAGGAACAGUAUGUUUUGGAGUAGCUGCAAGCCAAGGUGCUCUUCUUCUUGCUGGUGGUGAAAAAGGAAUGCGAUAUUCCAUGCCAAAUGCUCGUAUUAUGAUACAUCAGCCCCAAAGUGGGUGCGGGGGCCAUGUGGAAGAUGUAAGGCGCCAAGUAAAUGAAGCAGUUCAAUCUCGCCAUAAAAUUGACAAAAUGUAUGCUGCCUUCACUGGACAAUCUCUUGAGAAAGUACAACAGUACACAGAGAGAGACCGAUUCUUAUCUGUGUCUGAGGCCAUGGAGUUUGGUCUUAUUGAUGGGGUUUUGGAAACAGAGUACUGAACUUAGAUCACUUCAGGUUUUACAUCAAUUGUACCAUUGUAAAACAAAUAUCGAUGGAAUUAUGUAGCAUAAUCAAUAUUUCUCUCAUUCGAUAAUGUAAUGCAAGAAAUUAUUAUUCGUCCA